GAUCGUGGUUGAUGGAGGCCACUGGCUGUGUUCUUUGUGCAUCGGUAAAUCUAGCAUAUGAUGUGUUGCGUUGGUAGUAAGGCAAGAGCAGAGAAACGCGACGUAGUAGUAUUUACUAAAUCCGCUAACAGUAGCUCAUGACGAUCUCGUCGAUUUACCUGGGGUUGUUGAUGGUCACCUCCUCUCCAGCUUAUCAGAAAACGGAUACACAGAUGCGUGGCCAAUAGAUAAGGCCUUUACCUUUCUACUCAGAGGUCACCAUCUCGAUUCUGCAUGGAUACUGCCUGCUUCACAAUAUGCUUUGCAUGGGCGCGACUACUAGUUUUCGAGUAGAAGCGAACUGUCGGUAAGAUGCUGCUUUCUUUCCUUCAGGGUACGUGGCAUUCGGAUUGAAAUCUAUUAGACGUACUAAAAUAUUUUGUGAAAGAUUUUUUCGCGCUUCCUAACAUUCUGAAGUCCAUGGGUGAUAACAGUGACGUCGGCACGAAGCUUUCAAAAUUCGAAGGCGAUGCAGGUGCUAAACGAAAAUUUGUGCCUAAUAUCAACAAAGCACUUAAAAAACAAGUUGCCACCAGUGAAAAAUCAAUCCGAACAUCGCUUAUCAUGCGUCGGCACAAGGGAAGUUCCAGACAAAUGGUUAGAAACUACCGGACCGACAAAAAUCCAACGAAGAAAUUCGGCCCUCCAAGAGUAUGCGGUUAGUCGGCAAUGCCGAUUUGGUCGUGGUGGUGCUGAUCGUCCGACAGGUCGUGACGGAAAGCCGCAGUUCGUUCAGAGCUAUUCCAUUUUUGAAACGGGCAUUGGAUGUGUCACGAAGACAGAUCGUAAUGCUGUGGAACUUCGUGAAGCCCGACCCUCAUCUGAGCGCACCCGUAUGGAGGUCCAAGAUUCCAUUGGGACAGAACUUGUAAAUGAUCCACUGGGCCAUUUCGAGUCUUUUGUGACAGACAUCAAGCAGAUAUUCAAAGAUCCUCCUGUGCUUAUGCAAGAUUCGGAAGUCGGUUGUCGGGAUGCGGUUGAUCCGUUGAGCGACGUGGAUCUUUCUAUGGGCCGAAACCAUCGCGUUCCCUACGACUUUUUCACCAAAUCUGGACAAGGACAAUUGUUCCUACUUCAGUUACCGGACGAAUUACUCCCGCGAGAUUUGGAACAAAUCAAAAAAGGAAUUUUUGGAAAAAUUCAGAUUCUGGACACCCAACAAGUUCGGCUUGUUGUCGGGGAGGCGACUUUCGACUUAAUCAGUCCCCAUCCAGCAACCGCUAGCUCCGAUGUCGUGCUUUUGGAUCAACGCAACGACGAUUUCAUUCGUCUCAAUUGCAUAGGACACCUAGACCACUUUAUGGUCGCAGUCCCCAAUCUAGAAGAGUUUGUCCGUAUCGGUCAGUGAAAAAGCACCUUCAUUUCUUUUUUCUACUUAUGUAUCUUUCCUUCUUUCAUACAGAACUUAUAAUCUUUCCAUGGUUUUACUGGUGUCUAGGCCAGUCUCCCUCUCCCAUCUUGACUGUAUUCCCAUGCUAAUUUGACUAGGUUGUGUUAUACCAGUUUGAACGAUUAUGAUUCUUUUACACUUUGGAACCACAAGUUGACUUUUCCUUCUGACUACGGAUUACUCUUGGUUGCUGUGCACAAGUUAGAUUUACAUGUAUUCAGUCAUCUGCAUUCAACCCUUGACUGUCUGUUCACUCCUUGAUGUGGUAAGAUUGUGUUUCGCUCACUCCUUGAUUUCCCCUAGUCUCCUAAGCUUAUUUAUUCCAUACGACCAACUGCCCUGCGCAUCAGUCCACGUGAGAUGUUAUCGCGGUAGCUGUAGUUGUUUUUUCCUGUUCCUGCAUUUUACACCUGUUAGCAAGCCGUUACUUGGCAGUUUUCCAAUCGCUGUGCGACACCGAAGUCCUUCAUUUGACGGCUGAUAGCUUCUCACCCAUGUGCCUUUUGUUUCAGCUGAAUUUAUCGCCAUAAGGAUUGCCGUAUUGUACCUUCACUUACUAUUAGCUGCUUCUGAUUAGAUCUCAGUGGUUUUGUGGUGAUGUAACAGGCUGAGACUUUUGCAACAAAUCGGGUUCAUUGUUGCGG